AUGACGCAGUUCACUGUGUCAGUCCAACAGCUCCGCGAGUUGAUGGAAACUCGUGGUCACGAAGCCAUCCAGAGAAUCGCCGAUGAUUACGGCGGAGUGCAAGAACUCUGCAAAAAACUCCUCACGUCACCUACGGAUGGCCUUUCGGGUGACGCAGGAGACCUUGACGCACGCAAAAAGUUCUACGGCGCCAACUCAAUCCCACCAAAACCGCCAAAAACCUUCGCCCAGUUGGUAUGGGAAGCGUUGCAAGAUAUGACGCUUAUCAUUCUGCAGGUGGCAGCUGUUGUCUCGUUGGUGCUGGCAUUUAUAAAUCCAGAAGGCUCUGCAGAGCCGGAAGAAGAAAGUUUUCCCGGAGAAGGAGAAGGAAGCGACUCAGAAGCAAGCUGGAUCGAAGGAGUCGCGAUCCUGGUUUCGGUUAUCAUUGUUGUCCUGGUUACAGCUUUCAACGAUUACACCAAAGAGAGACAGUUCCGAGGUCUCCAAAACCGCAUUGAGCAGGAACACACGUUCGCUGUUAUACGCAAAGCCGAAUUGCUGCAGAUCGGCGUGGCAGAACUCGUCGUCGGAGACAUUUGCCAAGUGAAAUAUGGAGAUCUUCUGCCAGCCGACGGCAUAAUCAUUCAGUCGAAUGAUUUGAAAAUCGAUGAGUCUACUUUAACCGGCGAGAGCGAUCACGUGAAAAAAGGUGAAAACUCUGACCCAAUGCUGUUUUCUGGAACGCAUGUGAUGGAAGGAUCAGGAAAAGUUCUUGUGACGGCCGUCGGUGUCAAUUCUCAAGCGGGUAUCAUCCUCACGCUCCUCGGAGCUGCCGACAACGAGGGUGGCAAGGAAGGAGACAAAAAACCAAGAAGAAGGGUAACGGUUGGCCAACGGCGUCACAAUGCUCAGACCGCGGACAGCGAAAAUCAUCAGGAAUUGUCUCCGCUGACUUCAGGCCACGAUGAGGAAGCCGAAAUCGGCAUGCCAAUGGCGGACCGAUCGGAUGCUGCGACCUCGCCCGUUCGUGAGCGAGAUUCCGAAGAGGAAGCUCACCGGAAAGAGAAAUCCGUUCUCCAAGCGAAACUUACCAAGCUCGCGAUUCAAAUCGGAUAUGUCGGUUCCGCGAUCGCCGUUUUGACGGUACUGAUUCUCGUAGUGCGACAUCUGAUCACGGUGUUCGUCGUUCACCAGAGAUCUUGGGCAACUGGUGAUACUCAACACAUGGUGAAUUGUUUCAUCAUAGGAGUGACCGUUCUUGUGGUUGCCGUACCAGAGGGUUUGCCGCUAGCCGUCACCCUCUCGCUCGCGUACUCGGUGAAGAAAAUGAUGAAAGACAACAAUCUAGUUCGUCAUUUGGACGCCUGCGAGACCAUGGGGAACGCGACCGCUAUUUGUUCCGACAAGACCGGAACGCUCACCACAAAUCGCAUGACCUGCGUGCAGAGUUUUGUCGCAGGCGUGCAUCACAAAUCCACUCCGAAGUACUCUGACCUUCCAGCAGCAGCCGCUGAUAAAAUCGUCAACGGUAUUUCAGUAAACAGCGCGUAUACAACACGUAUCAUACCACCGGAGCAGCCGGGAGAGCAGCCGAAGCAGGUCGGGAACAAGACAGAGUGUGCUCUUCUAGGAUACGUUAACGAUAUCGGCAAAGACUACCAGAAGGUGCGCGACGACCUACCCGAAGAGCAGCUGUACAAAGUGUACACGUUCAACUCGGUGCGCAAAUCGAUGAGCACCGUUGUGAGACUGCCCAACGGCGGAUUCCGAGUGUACACGAAAGGUGCUUCGGAAAUCGUCCUCAAGAAAUGCACCUCGAUCCUCGGGAAUAAUGCCAAGCUAUUGAAGUUCAGUCCUGAAGAUCAAGAUCGACUCGUACACGAAGUCAUCGAGCCGAUGGCCAGCAACGGUCUGCGAACCAUCGGCCUCAGCUACAAGGAUUACAUCCCUGAGAGCGUUGAACGCACUGAUAGUUCUCAAAUUCUGUUCACCGAAGAGCCAAACUGGGACGAUGAAGACGACAUCGUUAGUGGACUCACUGCCGUCGCCAUUUUCGGUAUUGAAGACCCAGUCCGCCCAGAAGUGCCCGAGGCUAUUCGAAAGUGUCAGCGCGCAGGAAUAACUGUGCGCAUGGUGACCGGAGACAAUGUGAACACUGCCCGCUCGAUCGCCCUGAAGUGCGGUAUCAUCAAACCGACGGACGACUAUCUCGUGUUGGAAGGAAAAGAAUUCAAUCGAAGAAUUCGAGACGCCAACGGCGACAUUCAGCAGCAUCUCAUCGACAAAGUGUGGCCCCGACUGCGCGUGUUGGCACGAUCGUCUCCGACCGACAAAUACAACCUCGUCAAAGGGAUAAUCGACAGCAAGAUCAGCGAUAAUCGGGAAGUGGUCGCAGUAACGGGAGACGGGACCAACGACGGACCCGCGCUGAAGAAGGCCGAUGUCGGCUUCGCCAUGGGCAUCGCCGGCACUGACGUCGCAAAAGAAGCGUCGGAUAUCAUUCUGACCGACGACAACUUCACGUCGAUCGUCAAGGCCGUCAUGUGGGGACGGAACGUUUACGAUUCAAUUGCCAAGUUCUUACAGUUCCAGCUGACUGUGAACACAGUCGCCGUCAUCGUUGCGUUCACGGGUGCGUGCGCAAUCGAAGACAGUCCCCUCAAAGCCGUACAGAUGCUCUGGGUCAACCUCAUCAUGGACACUCUUGCCUCGCUGGCUCUCGCUACCGAGCUGCCGACACCGUCGUUACUGUUGAGAAAACCCUACGGUCGAACCAAGCCUCUGAUUUCGCGAACAAUGAUGAAAAACAUCCUCGGCCACGCAAUCUACCAACUGUUCGUGAUUUUCAUGCUGCUCUUCUUCGGGCCAAAUAUAUUCGGCUUCGAAAACGGCAUGGGCACUCGAGUAUCCGAGCACUUCACAAUGAUCUUCAAUACGUUCGUCAUGAUGACGCUUUUCAACGAGAUCAACGCUCGGAAAAUCCACGGAGAACGGAACAUUUUCGAGGGCCUAUUCACCAACCCGAUCUUCUACUGUAUACUGAUAAUUACGGCGAUCGCCCAGUUUUUUAUUAUCCAAUACGGAAGCGUGUUCUUCCAAACGAAAGAACUCUCUCUCAGUCAAUGGCUGUGGUGCAUCUUCUUCGGAUGUGGUACCCUCGUGUGGGGACAAUUCAUCACCUGUAUCCCAACGAAACGAAUUCCUAAGACUUUCACAUGGGGCUCUGGCCCGGUGGAAGAACACGCCCAUUCGUCCCUCGUGGAAGAUGGUUCUUCCGGAUCCCUUUCUCAGGAUGUCAAGCGGACUGGACAGAUCCUUUGGAUUCGAGGACUCACCCGUCUCCAAACUCAGCUUCGAGUUGUGAGGGCUUUCAAAAGCACCCUUGAAGACAUGGAAGACAAACGUAGUGUACACAGCGUCCACUCCCUCCACAGUAUCCGAAGUUCCCGUUCUCAUCCCAAGCAGCUGAGUUCUAUUGCUGAUCAGGACGAACACGCGUCGUCCCGCGCAAGCACUUCACCGCCUCAUACCGCCGCUUCGAAGACGUUUGUUGACAAAGCCAGCUCGCCGCUGACAAGCCCAACAUUGCAGUCACCAAUGGCUGUCAUCUAUCCGACAGGCUACAGACCCGUCGAACAGGCGAUGCCCCCCGCAAGUUCUAUCGCAGCAGCUGCUACGACGACAAGUGCUCAUAGUAAAGUUCCUCCGUUGCCACCAGUUCGUCACACCGCUGGCCUUAGCAACAACAAUAACAUCAAUAACAACAACAACAAUAAUUGCAAUAGCAGCAGCAACAACAACAAUUGCAACAGUAAUGUAGCCAUGAACAAUAAUGGCCGCUUGAACCAUAUGGCACCGCGGUCGCCCCCUGCCACCACUGGCGCGGCCCAAACUGGCAUCUCGUCCCCGCAGUCGCCGCAAUCGAUCGCCAGUUCGGGCUCUUCGAGUUCGAUAUCGUCUGCGUCGGACCGAGGAGGUCCUGUAAUGUCACCUCUGUCACAAGGAUAUCACUUGCUCACCGAACCCGCCGAUGGGAGUCAGACGCCCCCAAACGGUGGUCCUUCGAAACUCCACGAGACCAGCAUAUAA